CCAUUAUCCACUCGACCCACUCCUCCUCUCCGCCGUCAGCAUCCCCUUCUCCUCCAUCGACGGUGACGAUCUCCCUGGCGAACCACUCCUCCAUCGACAGCGACGGUCUCCUAAGAUAGAGUAGUAGAUCAAGAGGAGGCACCGUCCACGACACCGGUAAGGCCAACAAGCUCAAGCAGUCGCCGUCCCCCCAGAGAAGUGAGAUGACUGGCUUGGAAGGUUUCGAGUUCUUCGAGAUCGUAAUUGAGAAAUCUUGCAGUAGGCAGAGGCUGCCUGACAAGUUUGCGAAGAUGCUCGCCGGCCAUGAGCCCCACAAAGUGAAGCUGCGGGAGGCCGACAGCGGGCUUCACAGGCUGUGGGAAGUGUUGGUGGUGUUUGAUGGUGAAGGCCACAUGUACCUAGGGCCCGGCUGGGAGCAUUUCGCCCGCGCCCAUGAGCUACAGCUCGGGUACUUCCUUGUCUUCCGCUACAACGGCGACGCCAUGUUCAUCGUGAAGAUGUUCGACAACACCAUGUGCCGCAUGUACUACCAACACGACGACGAUGCCAGUAAUGGGAGCAGCAGCAGGGUUGACGAGGAGCAGAGCGGGGAUGACGACGAGGAGCAGAGCGGGGAUGACGAGCAGAGCGGGGAUGACGAGGAGCAGAGCGGGGAUGACGAGGAGCAGAGCGGGGAUGAUGAGGAGCAGCCUAUUCUGGCUGACGACAAACAUGCUAUGGUGGUGGCUGACGACGACCCUGCUAUGGUGGUGGCAGAUGACGACCUUGCUAUGGUGGUGGCGGACGACGACCUUGCUAUGGUGGUGGCGGACGACGACCUCGCGAUGGUGGUGGCGGACGAUGACCUUGCUAUGGUGGUGGCGGACGACGACCUCGCGAUGGUGGCGGCGCCUGCAAUCCCACAGCUUGGCGACAGGACCAUGCCAAUUGUGGUAGAGGAGUACAUCCGCGUUGGGAUUCGCCACUCUGAGCGCAUCAGGUUGAUGAAGGAGAAGAAGGAGGAGUGAAGAUGUUAAGAAGGUGUUCAGCAUGUUAGGUUUAAGCUUGUUAGUGUAAUAUGAAUAUGUCAAUGUUAAGUAUGUCAGGUUUAAUUUUGUGCAUGCUCAUGGAUGCUGUAUGAUAGUGUCAUCUAAACAAGUCAUGUUUUUAACAAUGAAUA